CCCUGAGGGAGAAGCAGCUUAGAAAAUGGAUUGAUGGAUGGAUGGAUGGUUAACCCCCUAGCUAGUCUGCCAGCUGAUCAACCAGCUCAUCCAGCUAAACUAGCUUGAGGUGUUUUUGGCAGUCAUUACCACAAGGCAAAUCAUGGAAUGAAAGCUAGAAGAAAAGCAUUUAAGCAAAACUCAGAACUAAAAACACUAACUGCUUGACUUCACAGAUGGCAUUUUAAUAUACUUCAGAUCUGGACUUUUCUUAUCCUGUGUGUUUUGAAGUCUUUACCGAUCUGGUGUUUUUGCCUUAUUCUCAAGUUCUGGGAGUGAAAUAAAGACAAUCUGUCCAGUCUGCAGAAGAAGAUCCUCAAAAUCUGAUCCUCCGAGGAAUCUUGUGUUGAAGAGCCUGUGUGAGGUGUUCUUACAGGAGAGAGGCCAGAGAACUUAAGCAGGUUAUGAGACUGAGGCGCAUAAGGAAAAGAUCAAGCUCUUCUGUCUGGAGGAUAAGCAGCCUGUGUGUUUGGAGUGUCAGGAUUCAAAGAGGCACAUCAAUCACAGCUUUAGACCUAUCGAUGAGGCAGCGCUAGAUCUCAAGGAGGAUAUCAAGCCAAAAAUGAAAACUUUAGAGGAAAAGUUCAUUUUAUUUCAUGCAGUUAAGCAGACCAAAAACAAUUAUGCCAUAUAAAGAAUCAAGCCCAGCAUGUACAAAGCCAGAUAAACCGUUCAAAAUGCUUCACCAGUUUCUACAAGACGAAGAAAUCAUCAGAAUAGCUGCCUUGAAAGUGGAAGAGGAGACGAAGAGUUGGAUCAUAACGAUGAAAAUUAAUGAACUGGAAAAUGCAUAUCAAACCUUUCCAGGACAAUUGAAGCCAUAAAGACCGAACUGAGCAGAAAUGACACUGCUUUCCUUCAGGUAUGAGCAUGGCUUCUAGACCCUCUCUGACUGAGGAGGAUUUCUCCUGCCCUCUGUGCUGUGAAAUCUACAGAGACCCCAUUCUCCUGGCCUGCUCUCACAGCAUGUGUAAGGGCUGCGUGCGCCACUUCUGGGACCAGCGAGGGGCUCUAGAGUGUCCCAUCUGCAGGACUGUCUCUUCCAACUCUGAGCCCCCCACCAACAUCGUGCUGAGGAACAUGUGUGAGGCUGUGCUGAAGGAGAAGAACCGCAGGUUUUCUGUAGAGAUGGAGGGGCUCUGCAGUUUACACCUAGAAGCUCUCACUAUCUUCUGCAGCAUGGAGCAAAGGCCCGUCUGUACUAAGUGCAAGGACUCCAACCUGCAUAGCAAACACUCUUUCUGUUCUAUACGGGACGCAUCGCAAGACCUGAAGGAGGAGCUCCAGAUGAAACUGAAGCCGCUGCAUGAGAAGCAAAGAAUCUUUGAGUACUUCAAGCAAUCCUACCUUAAAACGGGAGAGUAUAUUAAAAAGCAGGCCCAACACACAGAGGCUCUGAUAAAAAAGGAGUUUGAGAAGCUUCACCACUUUCUUUGGGAUGAAGAGGCAGCCAGGAUAUCUGCACUGAGAAAGGAGGAGGAGCAGAGGAGUCAGAUAGUGAAGAAAAAGAUUGAGAAGAUUCAAACACAGAUCUCUUAUGUCUUGGAUACCAUCAAAGCCAUUGAAAAGGAGAUAGGAAGAGAAGACUUGCAAUUUCUGUUGAACUACAGAGCUACACUUGAAAGAACACAGGCCAAGCUGGAGAGUCCAGAGAGGCUCUCUGGAGUGCUGAUCAACGUGACAAGGCACCUGAGCAACCUGGGCUUUCAUGUAUUAGAGAAGAUGCAUGGUGUUAUACAAUACACUCCUGUGGCUCUAGACCCCAACACUGCCCAUGCUGACCUUGUAGUGUCCGAUGAUCUUGUCACUGUUGUCUACAGUGGUCAGCAUCAGGAGCUUCCUGCUAAUCCAGAGAGGUUUGAGGGCUAUGCAAUGGUCCUGGGCUCUGAGGGCUUUAGCUCAGGUACUCACAGCUGGGAAGUUGAAGUUGGAGAAAACACAUCCUGGGCUGUGGGGGUGAUCUCAGAAUCUGUGUACAUGCACAGAGAGAAUCUCUCACGCUUUGGCUUGUGGUAUGUAGGUUUCUCUAAUGGUAAAUAUGGGAAGGGAUAUUCUCCAGAGAGCCUGAGAAUGCUGCGGGUUGGUGAGAUAGUCCAGAGGAUCAGAGUUCAGCUGGACUUUGACAAGGGCAGAGUUACCUUCACUGACUCAGGCCGAAACACCUGCCUGCACAUUUUCAAACAAACAUUCCAUGAGAGAGUUUUUCCUUACUUUUAUAGCCACUGCAAAUCACAUCCUCUGAGAAUAUUACCAGCAAAGUCUUCAGUGACAGUUGAGAUACCUGAUUAGAGAUAAAAAUUAAUUUCUUUAAAUUGUCUCAGACUAGAUGUGUAUUUUAUCAUUAACCUCUUUGAGUAUAGAAAUCUAGGA